AGGGACUUACUGGUCUAGAUACAGAUACACGUGUGUGCAUAUGUGUACGUCUGUGCGCCUGUGUACGCGCACACAGGUGUACGCGCAGCGCUCGGCGUCCGCACGCCCUCAGACGGGGAAGUCGGAGUGUGCCAGCGGAAACGCCGCUGGUUCUCUGGUGCUUUGUGUGUCUCCUGGCUCUGCUGUCCCUGCAAGAGCCGGAGGGUUGCUGUUUUCUGCCGGAUGUAGGUGCGGCGUUCUGCGGCGAAGUGGUUACCUUUGGAGAGUUAUGUGGGUGUCGAGCGCAGGGGAGCUGCUAGGAUGGAAAAAGAAUUGGUGAGCAGAAAGCUUUCUUUUAGUGAAAUAUUUAGCUCAUGCUGAGAAACAAGUCAGAAAACCCGGCCAAAAGCUAAUGUCAUCCGAAACGCCAACAGGCAGUCCAGAGGUGCCAAUGGAAAAUACCCUUUUCCCUGAAGUUCCUGAUGUGGAAGGAAAGGUGAAGUCAAAUGACAGUCCGGUAGAGAGACAGGAGGCAGGCUUAGAAAAGGAAGAGUGCUCUGAGCCCAUGUCCAAAAGACAAAGGAAGAAGUUAUUGAAGCAGAAACAGUGGGAGGAACAAAAAGAUCUACGGAGGCAGAAACGAAAAGAAAAACGCCAGAAGAGAAAACUAGAACGUCAGUCAAAAUUGGAUUCCAGUAAUGAAGGGAAUGACAGAAAAUGCAUGCGCAGGGAAGUUGUUCCUAGCACACUUCGCCUCAUUGUGGACUGCAGCUUUGAUGACCUGAUGGUGUUAAAGGAUGUUAAGAAGCUUCACAAGCAGAUUCAGAGAUGUUAUGCAGAAAACCGCAAGGCAUUUCAUCCUGUGCAGUUUUACUUGACCAGCCAUGGUGGACAGCUGAAGAGCAACAUGAAUGAAAAUGACAAAGGAUGGGUGAACUGGAAGGACAUCCAAAUUAGAACAGAGCACUACAGUGAGCUAAUAAAGAAAGAAGACCUAGUAUAUCUUACCUCAGAUUCCCCAGAUGUUCUCAAAGACCUUGAUGAGAAGAAAGCCUAUGUGAUUGGAGGACUGGUGGAUCACAAUCACCACAAGGGAAUAACUUACAAAAAAGCUGUAGAGCAAGGCAUUGGUCAUGCGCAGCUCCCACUCAGAAACUUUGUCAAGAUGAACAGUCGGAAAGUGUUAGCCGUCAAUCAUGUGUUUGAGAUCAUCCUUGCCUACCUGGAGAAGAGAGACUGGAAGGAGGCCUUUUUCAGUGUCCUGCCACAGAGGAAAGGGGCUGUUCCUCUGGGAGAAGCCAAUGAUUCAUCCAAACAUGCUCUGUCUGGAAAAGAAGAUGAAGACAAUGACUCGGACAGUGACUAGGCUUUAGAAGGAGCUGAUGGGAAAGAUGCGACACACAGUUCAUGGGAUAAAUCUGGGACGUGAAGGAGUUACACUCCAAAGACCAUCUGCUGUCUUUGUAAUACUGAAUUGUCUCAGUGCUCGGUAGUUCCACAGUUUGCCUAAAGCUGUUUGUGUACAUGAAGGGUAAAGUUAAGUGCAGUUUUUUACCCUGAAACUUCAAUAUUAUUAGCUCUAAGAAAAAAAAAGAAAUUAAUGGCAAAUGUAGCAUUUAUUUUUGCCAAGGGAGCUGUUUAAUUUAAUUUUUUAAUAUUACUUUUUUAUAUAUACAAAUUUGGGUGUAAUAGCCAAGAGCAUUAGUAGUUACUAUUUUAAUGUAUGCAUUCUUCUCCAUUUCUACUCUAAAUUUUCUUAAAAGCAAUUAAUGACAAGCGUUCCUGUGACUCCAAAACCUGCACCACUAGUGCCUGUUGCAAAGUGUGCACGAACACUCAAAACAAACAAACAAACA